ACCAAUGCAUAUUUGCUCUUAUUUCUUUCAUUAAAACACAAGAAUCUUUGAAUCAUACUUAGCCACCGGCUAUGACAGCAGAUACAAUUACCCCGAGUUAUUGGCUUAAUUGGAGAUUCUUAAUCUGUGGAAUAUGGAUAUUAGCAGCAAUGUUGGUUUCAGCAGUCAUAAUAUGGAAGUAUGAAGGUUUCUCAAAAUCCAGAAGCCAACAAAUAGAGAAUCAUGAGCUAAUUAAUAAAGCAGGUUUUCUGUAUAAAGAUGAAGUUUGGAAAGCAUGUUACAAAGGAAUUCAUCCUGUUUGGCUGCUUGUUUACAGAUUAAUCGCUUUCGCUUUGCUUCUGUCUCUUCUUAUUGCAGAUGUAGUUACCCACCGUUUACGCAUACUUAAUUUCUAUACUCAGUGGACAUUCACCUUGGUUACAAUCUACUUUGGGUUAGGAUCUUCACUCUCCAUCCAUGGAUGUCUCGAAUCUCGCAAGGGAGGUAACAGUGAGAAUUCUGAUGUUGUUGAUGCUGAAAGAGGCUCUUACAGUAGUGAUUCAACUCCUGAAAACGCGAGCGUACUUAUUGUAUACAAUGGCUUGAAUUCCCAUGUUAGAGAAGCUGCAGGUCUUUGGGGCUAUGUCUUUCAAAUAAUAUUCCAGGCAUGUAUAUGUGCAGGUGGUGUUGUGAUUACAGAUUGUUUCUUUUGGCUCCUUAUCUACCCAUCCCACAUUUACGAAAGUAACUGGGUACAUUUUCUGGCUGUUUGUAUGCAUUCUUUCAAUACUAUUUGCCUUUUGGGUGAUACCUUUCUAAAUUGUCUACGAUUCCCUUUCUUUCGCAUAGCAUAUUUCGUGCUUUGGACGUGUAUCUUUGUCAGUUUCCAGUGGAUCAUCCAUAUUUAUGUCUCGACGAGGUGGCCGUAUCCCUUUCUAGAUUUUUCAUCUCAAUAUGGUCCCUUUGGGUAUUUUGCAGUUGGUAUUCUCCAUCUACCUUGCUACGGGAUCUUUGCCGUACUAAUUAGGAUAAAGAAGUAUUGGUUAUCCUGAUUACUUCAUAAGCCCGAAUAGUGUUUUUAUUUCUGGUCAAAGGAACCGAGUCUAGAGCUUUUACUUUAUGUAAAUGCACCUUGAAAUCAUUCGUUUGGAACCUCGAAGCUGUUUGGGACUGGAGAAAACUCGUAUUAAGCACUGCCCCAACAUCACCUUGGUAUGUAGCAUUAUUUUUAGUACACUGGCCCAAUAUAAAUCAGUGGUGCAAGACAUUAGAUUGUUUUUUCAAGUGAUUUGAUUUACUUGUCCAUAACUUAUUCGGGAUUAAAGUGUAGUGAUAAUUGACUGUUGAUUUGAUUGAUAGUGGGCAUUAAACCGUGAUUUUAUAGGCUGGUUUACAAUA